AUGCUGGAAUCGAUGCGAAGCCAUUUGGUAAGCCCAAACCCGUCCGUUGAGCAGUGGAGAAUGGAGGUUGCACAGGCUGAUGUGGCAGGUGUGAAGCCCACUGAGACGUCACCACCCACUGGCGCGCAAGCCGAGGUGAUUGAAGCUCCUGCCACUGCAGCCGCGCCCACUGACUCGGUUGGCUUUGGAAGGCAUGGCGGCAUGACCUAUGAAGAGCUUUGGAUCAAGGAACCGCAGUAUUGCUUGUGGGUGAUCACCACCUUCCGGCAACAAGUUGCUGAAGGGUCAGAGGAAGCCACUCCCUGGAAAGAGGGCGAGAGGCCGAUGAAGCGUUUUGCCCAGUGGGUCAUAGAGAAGGAUAGACUUUGCGAAGUUCAUGGACCUGCCUUUGAGUACAACGCUGACAUGGAGCUGAUUGAAGUUCCCAACACACGCUCCUUGAAGGAGCGAGCAGGGCCCGAGAAGAAAUCCAAGUUCUACGGUGUGGCAAAGCCUGAACCCCGGAUUUGCACCUCCUGGGAGGAGUGCAAGCAGUAUGUCCAUGGAGUGAAAGGAGUGGUGUAUCGUAGCUUCGCAACCCGUGAAGAGGCCGAAGAGUUUGUGAAGAACCCACCUGCACUGACAAAGAUGAAGAAGCGUGCACCCGAUGACUUGAAUGGAGAGGCCCCAAAGAAGACAAAGUCAAAGAAGAGCAAGCAGAACAAGUCAGAUCCAUCAGGUGAUGAGGCUUUAGCACCAGAUGGCGGUGAUGGUGAGUCGCCACGCCCGCGGCGCGCGGCGAAAAGCACCGCAAAGGAGUCUGCGAUUGGCGGGCAAGAAGACGCCGAAAAGGAGGGCAAGUCUGCUAAGCCCUCGAAGGCAAAAUCGAAGGGCCUGUUGGCGAAGGCAAAGGCGAAAGCAAAAGCACACGCAAAGGCCAAAGCGAAGGCGAAGGCAAAGGCGAAAGCAAGAGAGCAAGCCGAAGCAAAGGCGCCAAAGACCGCUAAAGCCAAGGCGAAAGGAGAGGAAGCUGAGGCAAAGGUGCCAAAGACCGCCAAGGCAAAGGCACAAACCAAAGAUAAAGCUGAAGCGCAGCCAUCGAAGACUGCAAAGAUCAAGGCAUCGCCGAAUGCAAAGGUGGAAGCUGAGACUCUGACUUCUGCAGCUGAGCAGCAACCAGUUCCCACAGCAGGGAUCAGCCAAGAGGUGCUGGCUGCUGCUGAGAGCUGUGGCUUGAAAACGGCUUUGAUGAACCUCUUUGCACGUCCAGAGGUGGAAAGGUUGAAGCUGGACGGCAACGUCUUGUUGGAGACCUUGAAAGACUGCAACGGCUUGGUCAACAAGGCCAAAGCGCGCCUACUGGAGACCGGUCCGUCAACACCGCCGAAAAGCCAAAGCGCAGAUCCAAAGAUCGAGACACCUGAGAAGGCCGCCAAGACGCUAAGUGAGAUGAAGGCAGAAGGCCCACCACAGCCAAUGGAGAUUCAGACUCCGGUGGAGGCUCCCAAAGAAGCUCCCACUUCGCUCCUGGAGAAAGACUUCCCUCCAGCGAUCAGUCCACAGGUCUUCGAAGCCAAGGAAGUUCAGACGGAGAAACCAAAGGUGGUAGAUGCGAACUGCUGUCCAAACUGUGAUUCCCCCUACACAGACGGCCUUUUCUGCCGGUGCUGUGGCAUGGCGCGGCGGAAGGAGGCAAGGACGGCCUCAACGCAUGCGUCAGCAAUUGCAGCAAGGGUGCAGGCAAACCGUGAGCGUGCCCUGGCUCGCAAAAGGCAACAUGCUGAGCUCGGAGCUGCAGGAGCUUGA